CGUGGUCCAGUGAAGGCAUCACCGUGGUCCAUCAGCAGCUGCAGCUCCGUCUCAGUGUACACAGACAAGAUGGCGGCUUCAUUGGAAGACGAGUUUGAAGAUGCUCCUGAUGUGGAGCCGUUAGAGCCGACGCUGAAGAACAUCAUCGAGCAGAAGUCCCUCAAGUGGAUCUUUGUGGGUGGAAAGGGAGGUGUCGGUAAAACGACAUGUAGUUGCAGUUUGGCUGUCCAGCUUGCUGCUGUCAGGGAGAGUGUCCUCAUCAUCUCCACCGAUCCCGCUCAUAACAUCUCAGAUGCUUUUGACCAGAAGUUCUCAAAGGUGCCUACCAAGGUCAAGGGCUAUGAGAACCUCUUUGCAAUGGAGAUUGACCCGAGCCUGGGUGUGGCAGAGCUGCCUGAUGAGUUCUUCGAGGAGGACAACAUGCUCAGCAUGGGUAAGAAGAUGAUGCAGGAGGCCAUGAGCGCCUUCCCUGGCAUUGACGAGGCCAUGAGCUAUGCGGAGGUCAUGAGGUUAGUGAAAGGAAUGAACUUCUCAGUGGUGGUCUUUGACACUGCCCCUACCGGUCACACGCUGCGGCUGCUCAACUUUCCCACCAUCGUGGAGCGUGGUCUGGGCCGCCUCAUGCAGAUAAAGAACCAGAUCAGCCCUUUCAUCUCCCAGAUGUGUAACAUGCUCGGUCUGGGUGACAUGAACGCAGACCAGCUGGCCUCUAAGCUGGAGGAAACCCUGCCAGUCAUCCGCUCAGUCAGUGAGCAGUUCAAAGAUCCUGAACAGACCACCUUCAUCUGUGUGUGUAUCGCUGAGUUCCUCUCCUUGUAUGAGACGGAGCGGCUGAUCCAGGAGCUGGCCAAGUGCCGCAUCGACACGCACAACAUCAUCGUCAACCAACUUGUUUUCCCCGAAUCAGACAGGCCGUGCAAAAUGUGUGAAGCCCGUCAUAAAAUUCAGUCCAAGUAUUUAGACCAGAUGGAGGAUCUUUAUGAAGAUUUCCACAUAAUCAAGUUACCGCUGCUGCCCCAUGAAGUUCGAGGUGCCGAAAAGGUCAACACGUUCUCUAAGCAACUACUGGAACCCUACAAACCCCCAAAUAAGUGAUGUCCCUCCCUGCAGGACCUCCCUUCUCCACUCCUACAGACCACACCUUUACAGUCUGAACUCACCUCCCUCAACCAGCCUCAAACCCUGCAGUAACAGCCUCAAGUUGAUCCACUCAGUCCCCCUCAGUCCGUCAUCCAAAGCAGAGCACUGCUACAGCAGGACACACGCCCUUGUUGAAGGGGAGCUGAUGAAAUCACAAACACAUACAGUACAUAACCUGUUAUAUUGUUUGAGAGAGCCUUACUCUCUGUUCACCUCCUCUUUCCUUCAUAUCCUCUGUGUGGCAGUUGUACUAUUCCUACUUGAAGCAUUUAACUUUGUCUCUACAAAAAAAAGUCCUUCCCCUCCUCUUCCAUCCUUUGCAGUGUCCCAUCUCAGUUGUGAAAACAAAGUGUUUCCAGCGACGGUGCUCCCGUAUUCCAGGAUAAAACGGCUUUCAGAUGGUUGAUGUUUAUGCCUUGUUUAUUCUGUGUGGUUUGGUGGCCGUGUUUGUUCUCCAGUUUGACUUUUGACUAAAAUUUCAUGCGAAUUCAUCUCUCACAUCUGGAAUUUACAUCAAAUUUAUACAGAUUCAUGGCAAUGAAAAAAAGACAGUUACCUUUAAAAAAAAAAAAAAGACAAACCCAAAACAAUAUGGCCCGUGGUCUUUGUUCUUUGCCAAGACCAUCCAUCUUAUUGCAAUUAAGCAAACCAGAGCAGUCUAUAAUGUGUCUUUUACCAUGUGACACAUCAUUAGACCUCACAUUAACAUGUGACCCUGGUGUAAAUGCAGUAACCUAAUGUCUAUGAGAUUUUGAAUCUAGUCAAGUUGGGAGCUUUAUAUCCAUAUAUGGCUAUGUCAUUGUUUGAACUGGACAGUCUUAAAAGCCUCAGUUAGAUAUUUUAGGCCACCGUGGUCGCUUCAGGUGGUAUGUGGUUGAGACGGCACCCGUUUUAUGAGAUUCAAAGGCAAAAAUGUGUGAUGAGACUCAUGAUGUUUGAGCGGCAGGAAGCUGGUUCCCAUACAGUGCGCAUAAACAUCAUCAAACAUUCUGUGUCCAACCUGUUUACUGAGAACUAUAUGGGAACACUAUUGAAACAUAUUAGUAGCCUUAUUUAGUGCAUCCUUAAUACAAAUAUAUUGAAUGUUGGUGGAUCAAAAGUGGAACAAAUGAAUGGCGAGUUGUUAAAUAGAAUCCAAGCAUCUUUGCCCUGGUGAUUGAAUACUGGCCUCUGAUUGGCUCGCCUGAUACUUCCAACAGGUGGAUACAUAAUUGCCCCCUUUCUGUCACUGAAUGCUUUUGAGUCAAUAAUCUGUUUUCUAUAGACUUUUCUUUAAAUUAUGUUGCGAGUGUUAAUUAAAACAAACUUGCCUCUGA